AGCGCGAAGCCAUGAAUAACAUCCCAAGCAAGCGACUUCUCGAUCUGAGCCUGGAAGAUAAACAAAGUUUCAUUGACUCAUUCGAUUACGUGUUGACUGAUUGCGACGGCGUUGUGUGGAAUAUAUAUGGUCCAAUCCCGGGAAUAGGGGAUGCCAUCAGUGAACUAAAGAGUCGUAAGAAACAUGUUGUCUACGUUUCCAACAACAGCGUACGAUCGCUACAGAACUAUAAAGAGCAAGUGCGUAAACUAGGCCAUGAUGUUGCUGAAGAGGAUAUUAUUAAUCCAAGUUUUAGUGUGAUCAAAUAUUUGAAGUCCAUUAAUUUUCAAGGAUUGAUAUACGGAAUUGGAACAGAGGAAUUUUUAGGAACAUUGCAGAAAGCAGGUUAUGAGUUGAUAAAUGGGCCUAAUGGAUGGCAAGCCGAAGAACUUCGUGUUAUCUAUCCGAUAGUACACGAUCAGAAAGCGGUGAAGGCAGUGAUAAUAGAUUACGACUACAAUUGUAAUAACAUAAAACUCCUGAGAGCACAGGCAUAUCUUAAAGGAAAUCCGGAUUGCAUUUUGAUUGCUGGAGCAACUGAUUACGUCGUGUCGAUCUCCUCCGAAUUCGAAAUUCUUGGUCCAGGUUAUUAUGUUGACAUACUUGAAAAGGCAACCGGGAGGAAAGCCGCGGUUCUGGGUAAACCAGGUCACCUAUUAGGCAAACUACUGAAAGAACAAUAUCAAAUAGAGAAUUCGCGAAAGGUUCUUUUUGUGGGCGAUAUGAUCGCACAAGAUGUAGCUUUCGGCAAGGUUGCCGGCUUUCAAACGCUGCUAGUAUUGACUGGUGGAACGAAAAUGUCCGACGUUGAAAAAUUAACGGAUGGGGACACAAUCCCUGAUUAUUACACGGAUAGCUUUGCUGAUUUGGGUCAACUUGUUAAGGACGUGCAGGCAUCAAAGAAUAAAUCCAAUUUAUAAAGUAUUUCAAAUUAAUUUUAAAAUGGUGAUAUGAUUAUGACCAGUCGAUCAAACAAGAGCUGGGCAUUUUUAAAAUAAAAAUUCAACCACAUAAACAUAUUGUUUUCGAAAAUAAAUUAAUUCUUACGAAGUUACCGUAAAUAAACUUUGUAAUUAGA